AUGGCACCGGUUGCACCCUCCAAACGACGCUCACUGCACACCAAGCUCGCAUCAAAAUAUGAAGCUCAACCCUAUGCAUCACGUAGAGCUCUGCGACCCGAUGUCGUCGAAGUAUCCGACUUGUUCAUUAAUUCGAAAAAGGACAAGCGACUCAUCAAGCACUCGUCCUUCGUCUCGCGGAUCGAGAAGACGAAUAAGAAACCCCUCAAACGCCGCCGACCAUACAAGAAACUCGUUACCGAUCUUCAUUCUCUCAAGAAAGCCCUGCCUGAUCUCUUGGCCGACGGAGAGACUGAGGAGGGACUGAAGCAGUUGAAGGAGGGUAAAGUGCGCCUUAAGAGCCUUAGUAGCAGGAAGGGUGCCCUGAAGAAGAAAGAGAAGGUUGUCAAGGGCGAGGUAGAAAGGUUUCAGGGCAGCCUGGCACGUCUUAAUGCUGUGGGCGCCGCUUACCAAGGGAUUGCGCCAAGUAUAGACAUCGAAAAGCCAGGAGGGGAUAAUGGAGCAGAAGGCGGAGAGGCUCAGUCACAGAAUCCAAAUCCAACGGGCUCUCGGUGGGCUGCGUUGAGAGGAUUUAUAUCUGCGACCAUGGAGCAAAAUCCUGCCUUUAUAGGAACGAGAGACGAUGGGAAGCGAAGAGAAAAACACAGAAUGGAAGUUGCUUGA